UCAUUGCCGCUGAUAUGGAAGGAACAAGGAAGUAGUUAGUAGGGAGUGAGGACUGAGGAUGUGAGAUUGACUAGGGAUUGACAACCAACAGUAAGUCUCUCUCUUCUGCUUCGAUCCAACUUCCAGCUUUACUUUUUUGGUAAAGUUGGUAUUUUACUCUGAUCAGACUUGAGACUUACGGUAUACUUCUCCACUCUCUUCUGGUUCCGUUGCUUUUCGUUUGGAUUUUCUCUGAUCGCUUUGUUUCCUUCCUGCAUCCAUUGGAACAAUCAUAAUGCAGUGAAUAAAUUCACAUGAUAAGAGAUGAGUAGGACGAUAAGGUUGUAUGGAUUCCCUUCGGGUGUGACUGCAGAAGCAGUUGUUCGAUUGCUGGAGAACGAAACAGGAAGCGGAUCUGUCUAUGCUGUGAGGUUAAGAAAAGCCAAAGAUGGGAGAAGAUAUUAUGCUAUUGUUCAGUUUGACACAACCAGAAAUGCUGAAUUUAUUCACGACAUGGCCAAUGCUAAAAACUUGUACUAUGGCGCUUCCUAUCUGCAAUCUUGGGAGGUGGCUCAUGAUAUUGUACCAAAUCCAAGAGUCUCUUUGCAUACCUUUGAAAACAUAAAGCUGGAUUUUGGCUGCAAGAUCGCAACAAAUAAGCUAUUUAGUUUCUGGAAUAUGAACAAUGUUUCAGUGGAUUUUGGGAUUGGAUUGCGGAAACUCGUUUGUCGUCUGAAAUAUGACGCUCUGGAGUAUAUGCUCGAACUUUCCUAUGAAAACAUCUGGCAGAUUGAGUUGCAUCGUACACGCGGUCGUGCUGCUAAGCAUCUUCUGAUUCAGAUGCACGGAGCACCUCGGAUUUCUAAGAAAGUCAUACGCUCUUCAGGACAAGCAUAUGAAGAUCGUAUUCUGAACUAUUUCAUGGACUGUGAUGACCGGUGGGUCCGGACAACUGAUUUCACUCCAUCUCGUGCUAUUGGGCAGUCUUUUGCAUUAAGCUUGGAGCUUCCUCGUAGUCUCAAACUUCCAGAUUUUCGAGAAAACUUUCCUGGGUAUGAAGAGAUUGAAGGUAACCUUGUCUUGGAGAUUGGUCCCCCUUAUUCUUGCAACCCGAGUCUGGGUCCUAUGGUUUUUCCUCCUCGAGGGGUUAAUGUGCCAUAUGAUAUCUUGUUUAAAGUACAUUCUCUGCUUCAGCUUGGGUGUCUUUCAGGGCCAACACUCGAUGUUAAAUUUUAUAAGAUGGUUGAUCCCCUCAGAAUUGAUCGUGCAUGUAUAGAGUAUGCCCUAGAUAAAUUAUAUAAUUUGAAAGAGACCUGCUAUAAACCUUCAGAGUGGCUUUAUGAGCAGUACAUGAAGUACCUCACGUCAAAGAGACGUCCACAGUCAUCUGUCAUAUCCUUAGAUUCUGGGUUGGUAUAUGUACGCAGGGUCCAAAUUACACCAUGUCGUGUAUUUUCUUCUGGUCCUGAGGUCAAUGUCUCAAAUCGUGUACUACGCAAUUAUCCAGAUGAUAUUGAUAACUUCAUUCGUGUUUCCUUUGUUGACGAGGAGAUGGAUCGAGUUUAUUCUGCGGAUUUGCUUCCACGUACUUCUGCUGCCUAUGAGGAUGGGAAAACUGACAUCUACAAGCGGAUUCUUUUUAUUCUCAGAAACGGCAUAGUAAUUGGUGCAAAGAAAUUCGAGUUUCUCGCCUUCUCAUCUAGUCAAUUGCGAGAGAAUUCUAUGUGGAUGUUUGCUUCAAGACAGGGACUUACUGCAGCUGAUAUAAGAGAGUGGAUGGGGGAUUUUCGUCGCAUAAAAAAUGUGGCAAAAUAUGCUGCCAGAUUGGGUCAAUCCUUUGGUUCGUCCACUGAAACUUUAAAUGUUAGAAAACAUGAAAUGGAAGUUAUUCCCGAUGUAAAAAACAAUAAAUACGUCUUCUCCGAUGGGAUUGGGAAAAUAUCUGCCAAGUUUGCUAAGAAGGUGGCCUCAAAAUGUGGCUUUAAUGGGACUCCAUCUGCCUUUCAGAUUCGAUAUGGUGGGUACAAAGGUGUCGUGGCCGUUGAUCCAACUUCAUCAAUGAAAUUAUCAUUGAGGAGGAGCAUGUCCAAGUAUGAAUCAGAAAACACAAAGUUAGAUGUUUUAGCAUGUAGCAAGAUUCAACCUUGUUUUCUGAACCGCCAGUUGAUAACUCUUUUAUCGACCCUUGGGGUUCCAGAUCAUGUUUUCAAGAAAAAACAAAGGGCAGCUGUACAACAAUUGAAUGCUAUAUUGACUGACCCACUAAAAGCACGAGAGGCUCUGGAUUUGAUGUCUCCAGGGGAGACUACCAACUGCUUGAAGGAAUUGCUUAUAUGUGGUUAUAAACCUGAUGUUGAACCAUUCAUUUCAAUGAUGCUGCAAACAUUUCGGGCAUCAAAGUUGCUAGAGUUGCGGACGAAAACAAGGAUCUUUAUUCCAGAUGGACGAGCAAUGAUGGGAUGUCUAGAUGAAACCAGAACAUUGGAACAUGGUGAGGUGUUUGUGCAGUUCUCUGGUAACAGGCAUACUGUAAGUGCAUCAAACCAGCAAUUCAUUAUUGUGGGGAAGGUAGUUGUUGCGAAGAACCCUUGUUUGCAUCCUGGCGAUGUACGUGUUUUAAAGGCUGUGGAUGUGCCAGGGUUGUACCAUAUGGUUGAUUGUGUCGUUUUUCCACAAAAAGGACCUAGGCCUCAUCCAAAUGAAUGUUCAGGAAGUGAUCUUGAUGGAGAUAUCUACUAUGUUUGUUGGGACAAAGAACUAAUUCCUCGGAAGCAAAUCAAACCCAUGGAUUAUACCCCAGCACCAACUAUAGAAUUGGAUCAUGAUGUCACAAUUGAGGAAGUUGAAGAAUAUUUUGUGAACUACAUGGUCAAUGAUAGCUUGGGCAUAAUUGCCAAUGCCCACACUGUGUUUGCAGACAAAGAUCCCUUAAAAGCAAUGAGCAAAGAAUGUAUAGAGCUUGCAAAGCUAUUUUCAAUUGCCGUUGACUUUCCAAAAACUGGUGUGCCGGCUGUAAUACCUCCACAGUUAUACGCCAAGGAAUAUCCAGAUUUCAUGGAAAAACUUGACAAACCCACCUAUCAGUCAUCCAAUGUAAUUGGAGCUCUUUUUCGUGAGGUGAAGGACAUUGCGCCUCAUGAAGGCUCUAUCACAUCCUUCACUCGUCGAGUGGCGAAGCAGUCAUACGACCCUGACAUGGAAGUUGAUGGCUUCGAGGAUUACAUUGAAGAUGCUAUCUAUUACAAGGGCAAUUAUGAUUACAAGUUGGGAAAUCUGAUGGAACAUUAUGGGAUCAAGACAGAGGCUGAAAUACUUAGUGGAAGUGUUAUGAGAAUGUCAAAAUCUUUCACUAAGAGGCGGGAUGCAGAUUCUAUAAGGGUGGCUGUGAGAUCGUUGAGGAAGGAAGCUACUAGGGCGUGGUUCAAUGAGAAGGGAACUGGUUUAGAUUCCGGAGCUGAUGAUGUUUAUGCCAAAGCUUCAGCUUGGUACCAUGUCACAUAUCAUCCUGAUUAUUUUGGUACAUACAACGAGGGGAUGAAUCGUGACCAUUUCAUCAGCUUUCCAUGGUGCGUUUAUGACAAGCUCGUCCUCAUCAAAAAGGAUAAAGCAAGUAUACACAUGUCAUCUCUAGGACGCCAAUUCUGGGAUGGGUUGCAUUUGAGUUGAGAAAGUUGGAAGUUUUGUAUGUUUGUUUCUUGAUGAUGGUGUAAGCUCGUAAAUUGCUUAUGCUGAUGGUAAAAAAUUGAGUGCAUUUUGCUUAUUGUAUAAUAGAAUAAUGGGUCGAUCUUCGGUUUCUUGUUUCUGACACUCGAAAGUUGGUUUGAAAGGUCGUCGUACUUUUCUGGAUAGAACGUUUAUUGAGAUGCAAGUAUGCAAUAGCAUAAGAUAUCAUAUGUAAGGAUAAAUGCUUGUAAUUAUUUGAGUUUCAAGUUUCUUGCAAUGUAUGAAUUGCUUUGUAAAUUGAUAUUUUAUGAAAA